AUGGACUCUGUUGACAACCAGAAUUCAGAAGAAAUAUUUAAAGAACUGUGUGCAUGCAAUGGUGUCAGCUAUGAGAAGAUUGCACAAGAAGGACCAUCAACUAAAACACUUGAAAUGUUCUUCUCUGGUUACCCGAAAAUGGUGGGACUCUCUUACUUUCCAAAUCUUACAAACCUGACAUUAAAUGGGCAAAAUAUAGAAAACAUCACCGGUCUAGAAUCGUGUCCACUGCUUCAGAACCUUUGGAUAAUAGAGUGUCAGUUAACCAAAAUUGAAUGCCUAGAAACAUGCCUUCAUUUGAAAAGGCUCUUCCUUUAUUGUAAUAGCAUUACGUCCAUUGAGUCUUUGGAAAAUCUGACCCAGUUAGAAGUACUUUGGCUGAAUGAUAAUCAGAUUGAAGUCAUAGAGGGGCUGGAAACUCUACAGAAUUUAAAAGAGCUUAAUCUGGCGGGGAACUUAAUUCAUUCUAUAGGAUGUUGCUUGGAUCCAAAUGUCAAUCUUGAACGGUUAAACCUGUCGGGAAAUACCAUUUCUUCUUUUAAGGAACUCACAAAUUUAGCGCGACUGAAAAACCUCAAGGAUUUAGGCCUGAAGGAUCCACAAUACACUCCUAAUCCUGUGUGCCUUUUCUGCAAUUACUCUACCCAUGUAUUAUACCAUAUACCACAGCUUCAGAGACUUGACACAUACAAUGUGUCCCAAAAAUCUAUCAAGGAUUUAGCAGAGUCUACAGUGAUGAAAAAGAUAAUGUACUACAACAUGAGAGUAAAGACUAUCAACAGACAGCUAAGGGAAGAUUUAGACAUGCUAAAAGAGCAGAAGUGCAAAUUGGAACCACUGCCACGGAACAGAAAGUGCCUACUUCUCUUCCAGGUGAAAAGUUUAGAAUGGGACCUAUCAAAGCUGCAGUCACCAGAAAGUCUCCCAAACAUUUCAAAAUCUCCUGAAAAACUUCAUUGCCAUGGAGAUCUGGAAAAAUCUGAUUCAUGGACAAAAGUGGACAAUAGUACAGCAGAAUUGGACAUGGAGAAGAAUCUGACCCAAAAGCUAUGUGCCUUGAAAGAGAGAAUCCACUUCUGGACAUCAAAGAUGGAUGACAUAGACGGUUUUCAUGAGAAAGAAGUUGCAAGGACAAAAGAGAGCUUUGAUCUCUUGGUCCAGUUCUUACAGACAGAGCUUGAAACCGUAGGGAAUGUUCGCUUUGAAGAAGGUGCUCCAUCAGAUACAUGGUUCAAAUCAUGCUAUGACUUAAUUUUAUCCCGUUUCUGUGCCUUAAAUUUUAAAACAUUUGGAAUCUCUGGAGUAAAAAUAAACCGAAUAGUCAGAGUACACAACAGAAUCCUUCGAUCCAAGUUUGAGGACAGAGUGCAGGACUAUCUGGAUGGUGAAGACAGCACUGCCAAUGAAAACUACAAGAAGAUGCUGGAAUAUCUUUUUUACACAUUUGAGCCUAGUUUUGAGAAGAAGGAUCUUUUGCACAUUCUUGAGGAUGGCUUUAAUGUCAAUAAAACGGUAAAGCUGCAUGGACAAGAACAAGGCGGCUCCAUUCUUCUUUCCAACAGUUUGGGAUUUUGUGAGACUUUCACAUCAGAGCAAGCAACAACCUUGGAGACGAAUUAUGAUCCCGAGCAUUUUAAACGCGGUAAACUAAUCAUUGUAAAAGUCUUCCUGGGCCGUAGUCUUAGAGCCAAAGAACAUCUUCAGAUAAAUCCUAAUGCUAAUUCUGUCUUCAGGCCAUUGAAAUUUAAGAGGGACCAUGUAUAUCCUUCAGAUGAUGAAGCAUGUUCUUCCAAGGAGCAUGGGAACUGUGACUGCAGUCUACGCCGGCGUGAGUGGUUUGUGUUUGAUCCUGAGCUCAUACUGCCAGAGUACAUCGUUGAGUUUGAAUAUAUUCCUCUGGUACAAUCUUCUAAUUUUCAAAGUGGUGACUCAGAAAAUGCAUCAGCUGAAAUGAAAGAGGAUGAAGAUAUUCUUUCUAUGGAGCCAGUUGUCAAACCUAGGCCCAAAAUAAUUAGUUUGGAUGAAAGUACUAUCCUUUCCAUAGCAAAAGCCAGUACAUACAGUCAAAUAUCAGUCUUGAACUUACAUGGUAACAGUUUAAGUAAACUGAAGGAGAUUUCAAAACUACAUGGCCUUCGAAAGCUUAUCAUAAGUUUUAAUGAGUUUUCAAGUCUAGAAGAUGUUUCAUGCUUGCCGAAUCUGGAAUAUAUUGAUGCCAGUCAUAACAAUGUGAAGACUCUGGAAGGAUUUAAAGGACUGGCAAAACUGAAGCACUUAGACUUGAGCUGGAACCAAUUAACAAGGAUCAGGGCAGAUAUGAACAUUUUACGGAAGCAAACUCCGCACCUUCUGUCACUGCAUAUUGCCCACAAUCCCUGGCAAAAGCCGGCUUCAGUGCGUAUGGCAACGAUUGGAAGAUUAAAGACGCUGACUCGUUUGGAUGGGGUCCUGAUUACGGAAGAGGAAGUUUCACAGUCUUCAAAGUUUUUUCCCGAAGGCCAGAUUACAAAGGCAUCCCUGCUAAUGUGUGCCAGAACAGACAACGUGAAACCACGAUGCCUUAGUCUAUUACCUUCUGCUCAGAUCCUAUCUCAGAUAAGCAAGAACUGCCUGGAUCCAUAUGCUGAAUGUAACAACAGCUGGUAUCUUAGGAUAACGUCUAUUAAUUUUGAUGGACAAAAACUCUCCAAAAUAUCACAUUUGGAAAAGCUGGAAAACUUACGCUGGGCAUCUUUCAGCAACAAUUAUCUGACCAACACUGAAGGACUGGAAAAUUGUGUCAAGUUAGAAGAACUUUGCCUUGAUGGAAACAACAUAACAAAACUGGAAGGCCUUUCAAAGCUCAUUAAACUGAGACGCCUCAGUAUAAAUGACAAUCAGCUUGCAAGCUUUGCUAAAGAGGUUAUUGAUAACCUGCCUCAUCUACACUACCUUUCUGCUGAGAACAAUAGCAUCAGCUGUCUAGGAGGACUACAGAAAGCCUAUCUGUUAAUCGAACUCUACCUGAGCAAUAAUCAGAUCAGCAGCAAUCAAGAGAUCUACCACCUCAAGGGUUUAAACAAUCUUGUGAUUCUAGACUUGUGGGGCAAUCCAAUCUCUGUGAAAAAUGACAACUAUCGAUUGUUUGUUAUUUUCCAUCUUUCUUCACUAAAAGCUCUGGAUGGAUCUGCUGUGGAUCAGCUAGAGAGUGAAAAUGCGAAAGAUAUUUUCGGUGGAAGACUCAGUUCAGAUAUGAUUGUUGAAAAGCUUGGACAUCAAAAAUUUACAGAACUGCAAGAGCUAAACUGGAGAUCAUCCUCGAUUAGAUCUGUUGACCUUGUUCCAGCUGACCAAUUUAGAGGAAUCCAUACGGUGAAUUUAGAAAACAACAAUCUAACAUCAUUCAGUGGUUUGAUUUUCCUACCCCACAUAAAGAAUUUGUAUCUAAAUUACAAUCACAUUGAGUCAAUCCUGCCCAAACAGAAGUCGCAGAAUCACCUAACAAACAGGCAAAUACUGCACCAAAAAGUCAACUCCAGUGGAUAUGGACAGCAGGGCAAGGCUACCAGGGAUGCUUUGUUCGGCGAGAUGAUGACCCCAAUAAUGCAGAGUCUAGAAGUUCUUCACCUGGGCUACAAUGGAAUCAGUAAUUUGCCUCAACUGCAGCUCAGUAGACUAAGAAAUUUGAAGUCACUCUUUCUGCAGGGAAAUGAAAUCACCCAAGUGGAAGGACUUGAAGGUUUACAGUUUCUUCAAGACCUUGUCCUGGACCAUAACCGUAUUAAACUUAUUACUGAAACGUCGCUUGCCAAACAGAGUUCUCUGGUGUCUCUACGACUGGAAGAAAAUAGGCUGAGAGAAGUUAGCAACUUACUCCAUCUUAUCACACUAAAGAAACUGUAUAUUGGAUUCAAUAAAAUUCAGGAAAUUUCAGAAGUAGAAAAGCUAGAGGCUCUCCCAACACUAUUAGAACUAUCUGUGUCUGGAAAUCCAAUAUCCCGAAAAAUGUUCCAUCGCCAGUUGCUUAUCCUCCGGCUGCAGAACCUGCAGAUAUUAGAUGGCAUUGCCUUGACCAGCGAGGAGAGAACCCGGGCAGAUAUGUAUUCCUUAGAACAGCAAGCAUUAUUGGCUCCAAAUCCUGUCCUUGAGACAGUGCAUCCAGUGUCCACAUUCAUCUUGACCAAACCCCCGCCAUUACGCAUCACAAACGUCUAUCUGCCAGGAGGUUCACACCACUUUGCUAGUCCGGAUCUCCAUUUGAAUAAUGGACAGGACGACUUCCUUCCAAAUGACUCAAAUAAAUACAAGAAAUCCAAGAAUAAUCCCCGCAGUGUGAAUGCUGAAAUUGCUUUCAGGCCGCUCAGAGUGCCAACAAAUAUUUCAACAUCGUACUUGGCACAAGCUGGUCCAAACCGAGUCGCACAAAGCAAUCCGGAGCAUGAAGGAAGAUCAUUUGGGAAUGGGAACCUUCGUCAGAAUCGGAUGUAGUUCAGUGAUUGGAGCCU